AUGGACUUCACGACCAUCCUGAACAGGAAAAACUCCGCUGCUGCAGCUGCCGCCGCUGAAGCGCAGUUACAACAACAGUACUUUCAACAGAGUGCACAGUUACACACCGGAGCUUCGCCCACCAUGAAGAGCGAAUCAGGUGGCUCGGACCACCCUGUCAACGCAUACCCUCCUCACGGUCCCCCACCCAUGCAAAUGGACGCCGGGCUUCCCGAUGGCUUCUAUUAUGCACAGCCCACGGGCUCAACUCCCCGAAACAUGGCAUAUGCUCCUGCGGGAUACGCUGGCGAUCCCCAGAUGCAGCAGGACCCUGUCGCGCAGGGAAGGGCGGGCAUCGAACCGCCACCCAAGACUUUCCACUGCUCAACCUGCAACAAGGGCUUCGCACGGCGUAGUGACCUUGCUCGGCACGAGCGUAUCCAUACCGGAGUUAGACCUCAUGCCUGUGAGUGGCCUGGUUGUGGAAAACAGUUUAUUCAACGCUCGGCCUUGACAGUACACUCUCGUGUACACACUGGAGAGAAACCCCAUAUGUGCGAAAGAUGUGGCAAGCCUUUCAGUGACUCGUCUUCGCUGGCUAGACAUCGCCGCAUUCAUUCCGGAAAGCGACCCUACAAAUGCCCAUACGCGAACUGCCAAAAGACUUUCACGCGCCGUACGACGCUGACACGACACCAAAACCAUCAUACUGGGACCAUUGAAGAGGCUGCCGCCGAGACAGAGGCCCAGUUGCGGCAAAACAAGGAUCGUGGACGACCCGGCGAGGGAAUGUUUUCCGAGCACGCUUCCAUCCACUCUACACCGUCCCCCGCACAGCAUCCCUCUAUGUCCCCUGGUGGAGAGCUCCCGCCGCUGAACAUGCACCGCUCUGCUGGCGAUUACUACAUGGGUACCGGUCCCAUCCCGCCUCACGUGCGUGGGGAUUUCACCCAAGGCAGCCCUCGGGCUUCCCCAACUGCGACAUCUCCAUCGUUGUCCAGCUACGGCAGUGCGCCCCAUGCUCGCCCAUCGAUGACCUCGCAUCCCUACGCUCCUCCCCAACCUCUUGAGCCUCCGGCCAACAGCGACCAUCGACCUAACAGCGUGAACGGCAGUCCACACAUGACCAGCCUCGGUUGGGCCUCACCAUCUCACGGUAGCAUGCCAUCGCCCGGGUCGGCCAAUGACUUUACCUACCCCGAGCCCACUGGCCCAGCGUAUCCGACAUCGAUGCCACCGCACAUGUACUUCCCCAACUCGACCAUCCGUCGACCCACCAGCACCGAGCCGGAGAACUAUGAAAUGAAGCCUCGAGGCGAACAUUCAUGGUCCACUGCUGUAUGA